GAUGAAGAAGAAGAACAACUGUGAUUGGCUUAGAGGUGAUCAAUAGGAAGCUGACAGGAGAUUGCCGUGUGUCGGCCGUGCAGCAAAAUGUUGGGGAAAGUUUUUAUUUCGCUGUUUCUCCUUAUUAUUUUCUACCAUGACCCAACUGACGCACAGAAGAAAAAAGAGACUCUGCUGUCAGAGAAGGUGACUCAGAUGAUGGAGUGGGCCUCAAAGCGUUCAGUGAUCAGGAUGAAUGGAGAUAAGUUUCGUCGCUUUGUCAAGGCUCCUCCCAGAAACUACUCAGUAGUCAUCAUGUUUACAGCACUGCAGCCACAGAGGCAGUGUGGGGUCUGCAGACAAGCCGAUGAAGAGUUCCAGGUGCUGGCUAACUCCUGGCGUUAUUCGUCUGCCUUUACUAAUAAAGUCUUCUUUGCAUCCGUCGAUUUUGAUGAAGGAUCAGAUGUCUUUCAGAUGCUAAAUAUGAAUUCUGCUCCAACCUUCCUCCACUUCCCAUCCAAAGGGAAACCUCGCAGGUCUGAUACCUAUGAGCUCCAAGUCAGAGGCUUUGCAGCUGAGCAGCUGGCCAGAUGGGUGGCGGACAGGACUGAUGUGCAGAUCCGUGUCAUUCGUCCUCCGAACUACGCAGGGCCUCUCCUUCUGGGCUUCCUCCUGGCUGUAAUUGGUGGACUGGCAUAUCUACGAAGACACAAUUUGGAGUUUCUCUUUAACAACAAUGUCUGGGCCUUCUCUGCACUGUGUUUUGUCCUGAUCAUGACUUCAGGCCAGAUGUGGAACCACAUCAGGGGACCUCCUUAUGCACACAAGAACCCCAGCACUGGACAAGUUAGUUACAUCCACGGCAGCAGUCAGGCCCAGUUUGUGGCUGAGACACAUAUCGUCCUACUCUUCAAUGCUGCUGUUACCAUGGGAAUAGUGCUGCUGUGUGAGGCUGCUACCUCUGACAUGGACAUUGGAAAGAGGAAGAUUAUGUGUGUUGCAGGUAUUGGUCUGGUGAUGCUGUUCUUCAGCUGGUUGCUGUCCAUUUUCCGAGCAAAGUACCAUGGAUACCCAUACAGCUUCCUGAUGAGUUAGAGCAGACCAGCAUCCUCCAGCUUUCAGCAAGUAUUAACUUCGGCAUAGGAAGUUCCCCAAAGUGCUGUCAACAUGUAGAGUGCUGUCCAUGGCAGCAGUGCCACAUUCCUGUUUGCUAAGCCAUGAUUUGUCCUCUGAUCUUUUGAGCCAAAAGUGUGUGUCAACACAUACACACAGUGUGCCUUUGCAAAGACUCAGCAAGCAAUUCAUUUGCCAACAACAGAGCCCUCAUCAUCAGUUGACAUUCUAAAAUGUCUUGUGCCAAAAGCUGUUUUCUAGAUUAGAAUUUUUAGGGGGAAAAAAUCAGACUUUCUUAAAUUGAUUGAUUAGUAAUAGUUAUACAUUCAAAUCUCAGUCUGUAAUUUAUUUUUCAAACUUUUGGGACCAUAAACAGGUCAUGGAUUCAGA